UCCGCGGGGCGGGGCGAGUCUACCCCGGAGCGCCAUGGCGGCCCUGCGCGCCCUGCUGUCCCGCGGCCGCGGCCCGCUGCGCCCCCUGCCCGGCUGCGCGGCCCUGCGCCCUUUCGCCUCGGGUGCUGACUUCCAGUACAUCAUCACAGAAAAGAAGGGAAAGAAGGGCAACGUGGGGUUGAUCCAGCUGAACCGCCCCAAAGCACUCAACGCGCUCUGCAAUGGCCUGAUCACAGAGCUCAACCAGGCACUGGACACCUUCGAGGAAGAUCCUGCCGUGGGGGCCAUCGUCCUCACGGGAGGGGAGAAGGCAUUUGCAGCUGGAGCCGAUAUCAAGGAGAUGCAGAACCGAAUGUUCCAGGACUGUUACUCCAGCCAGUUCUUGAGCCCCUGGGACCGACUUGCCCGGGUCAAGAAGCCAGUCAUCGCUGCUGUCAAUGGCUACGCUCUUGGUGGCGGCUGUGAACUUGCUAUGAUGUGUGACAUCAUUUAUGCUGGAGAGAAAGCCCAGUUUGCACAGCCAGAAAUCCUGCUAGGAACCAUCCCAGGUGCUGGGGGCACCCAGAGGCUCACCCGUGCGGUUGGAAAGUCACUGGCCAUGGAGAUGGUCCUCACUGGCGACCGGAUCUCUGCCCAGGACGCCAAGCAAGCAGGCCUUGUAAGCAAAAUUUUUCCUGUGGAGACACUGGUCGAAGAAGCCAUCCAGUGUGCAGAGAAAAUUGCCAGCAAUUCUAAAAUCAUAGCAGCAAUGGCCAAAGAGUCCGUGAAUGCAGCUUUUGAAAUGACAUUAACAGAGGGAAACAAGUUGGAGAAGAAGCUCUUCUAUUUAACGUUCGCUACUGAAGACCGGAAGGAAGGAAUGACUGCAUUUGUGGAAAAGAGAAAGGCCAAUUUCAAAGACCAGUGAGCACCUCUGUCUCUGCCUUGAACCCUCUAUGUAAAGAAAAUACAGUUUGACAGUUUUAGAAGCAAAUAAAUCCUUUUGUAAAGGGCCGUGGAGGUGA